AUGUUUUGCAUAUGUGUGAUUAAGGGGAGAGAUAGCUUGCGUCUAAAGCGCUACACCAUAAGGAGACGGGAGCCAAGUACCGCCGUUCGAAUGUUAAUUGGCCAAAAUGAGAAGGAUUUGAAAAUCGUGUUAUACCCAGACCCGGUGCUUCGGAAAAAGAGUAACGAGGUGGUGAACUUUGAUGACAAUUUGAGGACCCUCGUAAGGAAUAUGUUUAACGUGAUGUAUGAAAGUAAAGGCAUGGGAUUAGCAGCUCCCCAAGUGAAUAUCAGCAUGAGAAUAAUCGUAUGGAAUGCACUCUAUGAAAAAAAAAAAAAAGAAAAUGAAAGAGUCUUCAUAAAUCCUAGCAUUGUAGAACCAAGUCUAAUUCGGUCCAAAUUGGUGGAGGGGUGUUUGUCAUUUCCUGGCAUUGAAGGGAAGGUAGAUCGGCCAAGUGUUGUGUCCAUCACUUAUUACGACCUGGAAGGAAAUAAACAUUUGAAAAUUUUGAAGGGGAUCCAUGCCAGGAUAUUCCAGCAUGAGUAUGACCACCUCGAUGGCGUUUUAUUCAUUGAUCGUUUUAGCCAGACCGAGAAACAUAAAGUUCGAGCCAAGUUGAACGAAAUGAUUCGUAACUUUAGAAGUAACUACGAGGUCGAGCCGGCUAUAUGA